AUACCAACGACGGUUGCGCGGGCACACAGUUACUUAUCACACACACGCUCUCUCUAUCUCUCUCUCAGCGUCCUCAUUAUUUUUCUCUGAAUUCUGCCCCCGCAAUCCCUAAUCAGCAAAACAUUUCUUAACCAUGAAUCUCGAAAAUGUCAGGCACAACAUGUGAAGUGAUGCAAAACUGCAGCACCAAUUGUUUCGCCAGAUCCUUUGUUCAUAGAUGGGGAGAAAAGGAAGCAGCUGGUUCUCGUCCGUGAAGAAAGUUUUCAAGUCAUCUUCUAAAGACUUGUCAGGGCCUGAGAAGAAGAAAGAUAGCACACAGAAAUUAUUACAGAAUGAAGUGGCAGAGGUGGUUUCUUUUGAGCAUUUCCCAGUAGAGAGUUCUACAGAUAAUAAUGUGACAAAUGAAGAGAGUGGCACUUCAACUCCAUUUACAGAAGAUAAAAGCCACGCCAUUGCCGUUGCAGCAGCAACUGCCGCCGCUGCUGAAGCUGCCGUGGCGGCUGCUCAAGCAGCUGCAAGAGUGGUGAGAUUGGUCGGUUAUGGACGCCACUCCAAGGAAGAAAGAGCAGCAAUACUCAUUCAAUCAUACUACAGAGGCUAUCUAGCUCGACGAGCACUGCGAGCACUGAAGGGAUUGGUGAGGCUGCAAGCACUGGUGAGGGGACACAACGUGAGAAAGCAAGCCCAAAUGACGAUGCGAUGCAUGCAAGCACUGGUGAGGGUGCAGGCCCGAGUAAGGGCUCGCCGACUCCAAUUGAGUCACGUCGACGACGAAAGACAACACUAUGAGAAGAUGGAAGAGCCCAAGCCCACACCCAAACCCAUGCCCAUGAGCCCCAUGAGAAGGACACCCAUCAAUAAUGAUUGGGACAAUAGGCGUCAAAGUAGCUACAAAAUUAAGGAAAACGAUUUGAGGAAACAUGAGGCUGCAAUGAAGAGGGAGAGAGCUCUCGCAUACGCUUUCAACUUUCAACAGCAAGAGCAGCAAAAACAAUAUUUACUGGCUGAAUCGAAGGGUAAGGAUGAUAUAGAAAUAAAGGAAAAAGGGCAAUGGGGUUGGAACUGGUUGGAGCGUUGGAUGUCAUCGCAACCAUACAAUGUGAGGAACAUGGGACCACGUGAGACCUCUUACAUUACUCCUGCUUCUACAACGUCAACCACCACAGAUAACAUGUCUGAGAAGACCGUGGAAAUGGAUAUGAUUGCAACUCCAGGCCCAACUAAUAUCAGAAGCCUCAGUCCCAUAAACCCAGACUUUAUUGAUUCAAGCCCACUCUCCAGUAGGCACAAUCAUCACAUACCUCCCAGCCCAAAUAGACGCUAUAUGGCCCCAACUCAGUCUGCAAAAGCCAAGGUUCGGGUUCAAGGCCCAUCUAAACCUCGGGUUUCAACUGGGCCUCAGUGGAACUCCUCAACUAAGGGAGGAUCCACCUGCGACUCGUCCAGUUCAGGUGGAGGAAUCACCGCUUACCAAAUUCCAAGAAGUCCAGGCCCAAAAAUUAAUGGCAUUCGUUCACAGUCCAGAAGGACUGUUGGUAGCAGUCCAGAUUAUAUUGAGGAUUGGGCCCUUCCUCUUGGAGCCCAUGGUUGGACUUAAUUUGCCGUUUUUGAGAAAAGAAUUAAAACUCUAUUAAUAAAUAUUAGGUUAAACUA